AAAAUAUCAUCCCCCUUUUUUUCCGUUCCCAAAAUUUGAACUCCAAAGAGUUCAAAUCCGAUAUCAGAAAAAAAAAAUUCAUACUAAAAUCGGAAAGCGCAGGUGAAAACUUUACUGGCAACACUGUCGGUUCUUCACCUCACAUCUCGAAUCCUUCUUCAACGGCUUCUGUCGGUUUGCUUCAGUUCAAAGAUUUCCUUUUUUGGUGUUUUGUGCAUAUAUUUCUAUGUAAAUUUAGGUGAUAUAUUGGCUCAGUAUUAUGUCGCUGUUAAGUAGAUUUUUCUAUAGAAGGCCCCCAGAUGGGUUGCUGGAACUUGAUGAUAGAGUAUAUGUUUUUGAUUCUUGUUUUUCGACUGAAGUACUCCCUGAGGGAAUUUAUCAGCUUUACUUGCACGAAAUCAUAAAUGAACUACAUGAAGAAUUUCCAGAUUCCUCCUUUCUUGCUUUCAAUUUCAGAGAAGGCGAGAAAAGGAGCCAGUUUGCGGAGAUUUUAUGCGAGUAUGAUGUAACUGUAAUGGAUUACCCAAGGCAAUAUGAAGGCUGUCCUGUACUGCCAUUGUCUUUGAUACACCAUUUUCUAUGUAUCUGUGAGAGUUGGCUUUCUCUUCAAAAUCAUAACAAUGUAAUUUUGUUACACUGCGAGAGAGGUGGUUGGCCCCUUCUAGCCUUCAUUUUGGCCAGUUUCUUGGUUUUCAGAAAGUUACAAAGUGGAGAGAGAAAAACUCUCGAGAUGGUUUAUCGUGAGGCACCUAAAGGCUUAUCGCAAUUGUUGUCACCUUUGAACCCAUUCCCUUCUCAGCUUCGUUACCUGCAAUAUAUAUCAAGAAGAAAUAUAUCUCCCGAGUGGCCUCCUCCUGAACAAGCUCUUUCUUUGGAUUGCCUCAUUCUUCGUUCCAUUCCAAGAUUUGACAAUCAAAAAGGGUGUAGGCCAAUUGUGCGCAUUUUUGGAAGGAACCUUCUCAGCAAGGAUGGAUUGUCAACUCAUAUGUUGUACUCCAUGCCGAAGAAAGGUAGAAGCCUUCGACAUUAUCGCCAGAAGGACAGUGAUGUCAUCAAGAUUGAUAUUCAGUGUUUGGUGCAAGGAGAUGUAGUUUUGGAGUGUGUCCACUUAGACCUGGAUCCUGAAAGGGAAGUCAUGAUGUUCCGUAUUGUGUUUAACACCGCUUUUAUUCGGUCUAACAUUUUGAUGUUAAACUGUGAUAACCUGGAUAUUCUAUGGGAUUCAAAGGCACGCUAUCCAAAAGGUUUUCGAGCUGAGGUUUUAUUUGGUGAUGUUGAGAGCAUAUCUCCACUAAAAGCUCCCACUGCAGCUCUAAAUGGUGAGGAGACUGGUGGACUUCCUAUUGAAGCCUUUUCAAGGGUACAAGAACUUUUUAGUGGAGCUGAUUGGGUUGAUACUGGUGAUGAUGCUGCGUUGUGGUUGUUUAAACAGCUAUCGGUGCUGAAUGAUAUGAAAGAUUUGUCAAUUUUGCAAAGUAGGAUGAGUGGGUAUUCGUCCCCAUUUGAUUCUGAAGAAGAAAAUAAUGCAUCGAGCAUUGCUGACAGUUUGGAUUUUCUGGACUCGGAGAAAGCUAGUAGUCUUACUUAUGCUAAUACAACAGAUGUCAAUUUUUUAGAUGAACAGGAUUCAGCUUCUGAUGGAACUUCUGAUCCCAAGAUUUCUGAGGGUCAAAUGAAGCUUUCAAAGUCAGAUAUUGGUCCUGUUCAGUCUCUUUCUGAAAGUAACUGUCAAUUGGAUACUGCCAUUGCUCCUGAACAUUUAAAGGGAGUUCGAGUUUGCGAUACAAGGACUUCCUCUUCUUCUCUGCUACCUUCACCACCUCCGUCACCUGCCCCUGUGAUUUCUAGUAUAAAAGUCACUCAAUCAUCAGCUUCAUCUCCCCCUUCACCACCCUCUAUGUUUGGUUCUCCUAGCAAGGAGGUCUCAUUACCUCCUCCGCCUCCUCCACCACCACCACCUCCUCCUAUAAUUGGUGGCCCUUCUUCUGUCCCACGUACUCCUCCGCUUCCACCACUUGCAAGUUCUAAUAGAUCACCUCCACCUCCACCUCCACCACCACCACCGCCUUCAAUUGGUAGCCAUCCCCCGCCUACCCCUUCAGCCCUUUUCAAAGGCCCUCCACCUCCAGCACCACCUCCACUUCCGUCCUCUACUUCAAAUAGGCAAACUCCGUUGGCACCUCCACCGCCACCGCCUCCACCUCCAUCCUCUACGUCAAAAAGGCCAACUUCGCUGGCACCUCCACCACCACCACCUCCACCUCCAUCCUCUACGUCAAAUAGGCCAACUCCGUUGGCACCUCCACCUCCAUCUUCUUCAUCAAAUAGGCCAACUCCGUUGGCACCGCCACCGCCACCACCUCCACCGUCAAGCAAUUCUACAAGGCCACCUGCACCUCCUCCACCUCCUUUGGGAGUUCCUAGGCAAGGUUCCACUCCACCAGCACCUCCACCAGCACCAAAGGCUCCUAAUGCUCCACCACCCCCUAGGCGGGGUUUGACACCCACUCCACCUCCCCCGCCUGGUGGAAAGGGCCUUAAUGUGCCAGCGCCACCACCUCCAUCUACUGGACGUGUAAGAGCCUCUGUAGGUUCAACUGCUCUAGGGAAAGGGCGAGGUACAGGAGGUACUUCAAUUCCUCCUAAAAAAGCUUCAUUGAAGCCCUUACAUUGGUCGAAAGUUACACGGGCUAUGCAAGGGAGUUUAUGGGCUGAUACGCAAAACAAGGAAAAUACUUCCAGAGCACCUGAAAUUGAUAUUACGGAGCUUGAAAAUUUGUUUUCAGUGGCUUCAGCUACUGAUGGCACUAGCAAAGGUGGAGGCCGACGUGGUUCAAAAAUCAACAAACCAGAAAAAGUGCAAUUGAUUGAUUUGCGCAGGGCAUACAACUGUGAAAUCAUGCUUACAAAAAUCAAGAUUCCCCUGCCUGAUAUGCUUAAUGCUAUUUUGGCUUUGGAUUCAUCAGCUCUGGACAUUGAUCAGGUUGAAAAUCUGAUAAAAUUUUGCCCAACAAAAGAAGAAAUGGAGACACUGAGGAACUAUAAUGGGGACAAGGGGAUGCUUGGAAAGUGUGAGCAGUUUUUCCUGGAGCUGAUGAAGGUCCCACGAGUUGAGUCCAAGUUACGAGUGUUUUCAUUUACUAUCACUUUCUCUAAUCAGGUGAAAGACUUGAGAAGUAACCUGAGUACAAUUAAUGAUGCUACUAGAGAGGUGAAAGAAUCUGCCAAAUUACGUCAGAUAAUGCAGACCAUUCUAACAUUGGGAAAUGCACUGAAUCAGGGUACAGCACGAGGAUCUGCUGUAGGGUUCAAGUUGGACAGUCUUCUUAAGCUUUCUGACACUCGUGCUAGAAACAACAAAAUGACCUUGAUGCAUUAUCUGUGCAAGCUCCUUGCUGAGAAAAUGCCAGAGUUGCUUGAUUUUGACAAGGAUCUUCUUCACUUGGAAGCUGCUUCUAAGAUUCAACUGAAGUCUUUGGCUGAAGAAAUGCAAGCAGUGAGUAAAGGUCUUGAGAAAGUUGAACAAGAACUUACUGCAUCCGACAAUGAUGGUACAAUAUCUUCGGGAUUUCAGAAGGUGUUAAAGAAUUUCCUUGAUACUGCUGAGGCUGAAGUCAAGUCUCUCACUACUCUUUAUAUUGAAGUGGGAAGGAGUGCAGACUCCCUAUCCCUAUAUUUUGGCGAGGAUCCAGCUCGAUGCCCCUUUGAGCAAGUGACACAGAUUUUGGUGGUGUUCAUGAAGAUGUUUAAAAAAUCACGCGAUGAGAAUGAACAAGCAGCUGAUGCUGAAAAGAAGAAACUGGAGAAGGAAGCUUUGAAGGAACAAGUGGCUGCUAGUUCUUCUGGGAAGAAAGGAGUUGGUGAUGGUGAUAGAGUAAAACUGAAUUUUUUAAAUCAGUUACAUGCUGUGUGAUCAGUUCAAAUCGUCCGAAGCUUAUAGUACUCCAUAAACUGCCAGAAUCAGUCAAACUUUCUUGAUGAUAGCAGCAGAGCCUCGGAAGGCUCUGCUCAUAUGCCACUGUACUUCAGUGUACGAUUUAAGUUUUAUAGUUAGUUAUAUCUGUACAUAAUUACCAUAGUUAAAUUGGCAUUAUUUUUUUGCCAUUUUAGAAUCGCGCACAAUUGCCAUUGUUACUACAUUUUUGUGUCCGAAUGUGGUAAAAACUGAGACCUUAAGCAUAGAAAGGGUUUCCAAGUUGUACAUAUUGAAGUUCCAUAUUGUACAAGAGAAAUUCAAGAUAAACUUAUCUGGAGUGGCAGAUUUGUGUA